GAACCAUUACUGACAUGCUAUUGAUGGAAUACGUUAUUCUGUGCAAUUUUCCAAAAGACUAUGGCGCAACCUUUAGGCCUAGGGAAAACAAAGGUUCAUUUCCCUAUUAGGGUGAAUAUGGUCAAUGAACUUUAAACUUCUAUUGAAAUACAUCCUACUUAAAAACAUUGUCUCUACUUAAAAUUGUCAGCCCAGAAUCAUGUUUCUAAAAAUCUAAUGAGAGCUAUAAAAUUGCGAGUGCUUGAAAUUGCAUAGGCCACCACAUCUUUUUGUUAUCUAUUAUGCCUAGAUCUAUGCAUAGGAAUUAAACGUAGAUUUGACCUUGGAUAAACAAACCUGUCGCCCGAGAUAAGGACAAAAAUGGGGAUAAUCAGCAUAUCUUCAAAAGCCCAUUGUGACCCAAGGAAGAAAGUAAAAUCAUAUUGUCUGAAGUUUUACAGAAGAUACAGAACACAAUGCAUCCAUCUGGCAAAAGAUGUUGUCCUGCUCAAAGCCAUUCCCUAUAUUCUUUUGACCUUAUAUUCAUAUUGUCUUGUAGUCUUUAUAUUGUGUUUUGUCUUCACCCCUUCGAUGAAUAUAUUUUUCUGGCAUUUUAAUAUUGGUGCCCUUGGACAUGAAUGGAUUUCCUGCAGACAGUGCAUGGACAUAAAGACAGUAAAUGUUUGUGUCCCAGUUCCAGUGUUUAUUUAUGAUUGACACGUUUAUAAAAUCAUUUACAGUGCAAUUCUGUGUUUUAGUUAUUGCAUUAUAUGGCAAUGUUUUGUAUGGUGUUGCACUGUAUGAUCAGUAAUGCAAAGCACUUUAUUGCAAUGUUUGCCACCUAAACACAAUUAUUACGGAUGCCUGUUUUGAAGUACUCGAUUUGACAAUGUUUUAUGACUGAUGGUCACUCACUAAAAAUCAACAGAACUUCUAGUGCCACACUCGUAAGACAGAUGCAGUGGGUUGAUCCAUUGUUGCACGUUUUAGUAAUCCCCACGAUCCUUUGAUAAAAGCAUUUACAUGAUGUCCCUUAGCACUCAUAGCUCUUCAUAGAAACAUACCCUAAACAUUUCGUAUGCCUCCUGCACACUUUGUCAAAAGCCGUUUCAGAGCGCGAGUUGUUCUAAAGAAGAUUUACCUUCAAUAACCAUUUGUUAAACCUCCAUCCAUUUAAGUGCAGUGCCCCACUGCCCAGUAGUGUCUGUUAAUCCUGAUUACGGACAAGAGGAGGAGAGUGGACAGGAGAACAGGGGUCUAUAGAUCAGGUUGCUGGUGAGCUGCCGAGCUAAACUUCCAGAGCAUCAUGUCUCCCUUUAAGGCCUGGUGCAUAGAGGAGACAACAGGCAUUGUGAUACCUGGAGACUGGGUUUCCCACCAGGACUGCUGUUGGUAGCUGUGUGUGUUUGAUUUUGUGAGUGUGCAGGCCAGAUAAAAAAUGUCCUGAAGUUGGUCAAGUGGAAGAGGGGUCUACAGCCGCAUUGACAGGAGUUAUGACCGACGAUGAGGACACAGUUUGAGACGGAGGAAGAACAUCGCAGUACCCGGGGGAAUGGAGGGCAGGGGUCUGGGUGGAAUGAAGAAAAGUGGCUCCACCAAGCGCUCUUCCAUUAAGCGCAGUGCCUCGUCCAGCUCACAGAAGAUACAGAGAGCAUGGAUAGAGAGAACAUUUCAGAAAAGAGAAUGCAUCCAAAUCAUCCCCAGUAAAGAUGCGACAAGGUGCAGCUGUGGUCAGCUGGUGACCCAGCAUGUGGCCCUUCCCCCCGGGGCCCCGGCCAAAGAGGAGGCCAACCCUCUGGUCCAGGUGGUGGAGCUGCCGCCCGAGCGCUGGUCUGUGGCCAAACACACGCAGGUCUCCCCCACAGACUCCUACGGCAGUCUCGAGUUCAAGGGCGGUGGUCACACAAACAAGGCCAUGUACAUCCGGGUGUCACACGACUCCAAGCCUGACUCCCUGCUCCACCUGAUGGUGAAAGACUGGCAGCUGGAGCUGCCCACCCUCCUCAUCUCGGUCCACGGAGGUCUGCAGAACUUUGAGCUGCAGCCCAAGCUCAAGCAGGUGUUUGGGAAGGGGCUGAUCAAAGCUGCUGUCACCACCGGAGCCUGGAUCUUCACGGGGGGAGUCAGUACCGGGGUGAUCCGGCAUGUUGGGGAUGCACUGAAAGACCACUCCUCCAAGUCUAGGGGGAAGGUGUGUGCCAUCGGCUUUGCUCCAUGGGGGAUCGUGGAGAAUAAGGAAGACCUCAUUGGCAAAGAUGUGACCAGGCCGUACCAGACCAUGUCCAACCCGCUCAGCAAGCUGUCGCCGCUGAACAGCAGCCACUCCCACUUCAUACUGGCCGACAACGGCACCUGCGGCAAGUACGGCGCCGAGGUCCGCCUGCGCCGACAGCUGGAGAAGCACAUCUCCCUGCAGAAGAUCAACACGCGUUUGGGUCAGGGCGUGCCUCUGGUCUGUCUGACUCUGGAGGGCGGGCCCAACGUGAUCUCCAUCGUUCUGGAGAGCCUGAGGGAGGAGCCGCCGGUGCCCGUGGUGGUCUGUGACGGCAGCGGGCGGGCCUCUGACAUCAUUUCCUUUGCACACAAAUACAGCGAAGAGGACGGGAUGGUGAGUGAUAACGUCAAAGACCAGCUACUGGUCACCAUCCAGAAGACCUUCAGCUACAACCGUGCUCAGGCUCAGCAGAUUUUCCUCAUGGUCAUGGAGUGCAUGAAGAAGAGAUCCCUGAUAACUGUGUUUCGCAUGGGUUCGGAAGGGCAACAUGAUGUUGAAAUGGCCAUAUUGACUGCUCUACUGAAAGGUACAAAUGCAUCGGCCCCUGACCAGCUCAGUCUGGCCUUGGCCUGGAACAGAGUGGACAUCGCACGCAGCCAGAUCUUUGUGUACGGAACCCAUUGGCCGCCUGCGAGCGCCCUGCCGGGCGAGCGGCCCAAGAGCCCGUCCUCUGCGCCACGAGGGGGGGGUGGUGGAGGAGGGGGGGGCAAGGGGAAGGCCAGGGGCAAGAAGGGGAAGGGAGGCAAGACCAAGCCGGAGCCCCCUGAGGAGACGGACCCCAGGAAGUUGGAGCUGCUUAACUGGGUGAACUCUCUGGAGCAGGCCAUGAUGGAUGCCCUGGUGUUGGACAGAGUGGACUUUGUCAAGCUGCUGAUUGAAAAUGGAGUCAAUAUCCACCACUUCCUCACCAUCCCACGACUAGAGGAGCUGUACAACACGAGACUGGGACCAGCUCACAACCUGCACAUUGUGGUCAGGGAUGUGAAAAAGGGAAACCUCCCACCAGAUUACCAGAUCACCUUGAUUGAUAUCGGAUUGGUUGUAGAGUUCCUGAUGGGAGGAGCUUUUCGCUGCAAGUACACCAGGAAGUGCUUCCGGACGCUGUACACCAACCUGUACGGUCUCAAAAGACCAAAAGCUCUUAAACUCCUAGGAAUGGAGGAUGACGAGCCACGAAAGGGCAAAGGUAAGAAGAACAAGAAGAAAGAGGUAGAGGAGGACAUUGAUUUAGACGACCCAGAGUUGUGCCGGUUUCAAUUCCCCUUCCACGAGCUCAUGGUGUGGGCCGUGCUGAUGCACCGCCAGAAGAUGGCGCUCUUCCUGUGGCAGCGGGGCGAGGAGGCCAUGGCCAAAGCCCUGGUGGCCUGCAAGCUCUACAAGGCCAUGGCCCACGAGUCGUCCAAGAGUGAGAUGGUGGACGACAUCUUCCAGGACCUAGAGAACAACUCCAGGGAGUUUGGCCAGCUGGCCUACGAGCUCCUGGACCAGUCCUACAAGCACGACGAGCAGGUGGCUAUGAAGCUGCUGACCUAUGAGCUGAAGAACUGGAGUAACUCCACCUGCCUGAAGCUGGCCGUGGCCGCCAAGCACAGGGACUUCAUCGCUCACACCUGCAGCCAGAUGCUGCUCACCGACAUGUGGAUGGGCUGCCUGCGGAUGGGGAAGAGCAACGGACUCAAGGUCAUAUUAGGCAUUGUUUUCCCACCUUCCAUUCUCCUCAUGGACUUCAGGCUUGGAGAGGAGGCCACAUAUAACUCUUCCAAGGAGAAGGAAGAGGGAAAAGAUAGAGAUGAUGAUAACAAGUCCAACAAGGAUGGAGCCUCUAAUUCAGACGGGAUGUCUAAGAAGGGCGAUGAAGAGGACCAUCAGAGGAAACAGAGAAGAAUCCCAACCAUCAAAAAAAUCUUUGAGUUCUAUAGCACCCCUUUCACCAAGUUCUGGUUCACCACGAUUGCCUAUCUCGUGUACCUCAUGCUGUACAACUACAUUAUUCUGGUGAAGAUGGAACGCUGGCCUUCACUACAGGAGUGGAUUGUCAUCUCUUACAUCAUCACUUUGGGGCUAGAGAAAGUCAGACAGAUCCUGAUGUCCGAACCAGAGAAGCUGAAGCAGAAGAUCAACGUGUGGUUGGAGGAGUACUGGAACAUCACCGACCUGGUGGCCAUCUCGGUCUUCCUCAUCGGCCUGCUGCUCCGGCUGCAGAGCGAGCCCUACAUGGGCUACGGCCGGGUCAUCUACUGCGUGGACAUCAUCUUCUGGUACAUCCGGGUCCUCGACAUCUUUGGGGUCAACAAGUACCUGGGGCCUUACGUCAUGAUGAUCGGCAAGAUGAUGAUCGACAUGCUGUACUUCGUGGUGAUCAUGCUGGUGGUGCUGAUGAGCUUCGGCGUGGCGCGGCAGGCCAUCCUCCACCCCGACGAGGAGCCCACCUGGAGGCUGGCCAGGAACGUCUUCUACAUGCCCUACUGGAUGAUCUACGGAGAGGUGUUUGCGGACUCGAUAGACCGUAAGACUAGAGUUCAUAUGUACGCUAUGGAAAUCAACCCUCCAUGUGGUGACAACCUGUACGACGAGGACGGAAAGAAGCUUCCUCCCUGUAUACCUGGUGCCUCGCUCACCCCCGCCCUCAUGGCCUGCUACCUCCUGGUGGCCAACAUCCUGCUGGUCAACCUGCUCAUCGCCGUCUUUAACAACACCUUCUUUGAGGUGAAGUCCAUCUCCAACCAGGUGUGGAAGUUCCAGCGGUACCAGUUGAUCAUGACCUUCCACGACCGGCCCAUCCUGCCGCCCCCGCUUAUCAUCUUCCCCCACAUCUACAUCCUGCUGCAGAGGCUCUGCUGUCGCUGCAGCCGGCGCAAACAGGAAGGGGAGCAGGAAGAGCGGGAACGGGGUCUCCAACUUGUGCUGAACGUCGAAGAGUUGAAGAGCCUGUAUGAGUUCGAAGAGCAGUGUGUGGAAGAGUACUUUCACGAGAAGGAGGACGAAAAGCAGUCGUCCAACAACGAGCGCAUCAGGGUCACAUCCGAGAGGGUGGAGAACAUGUUCAUGCGGCUGGAGGAGGUGAACGAGCGGGAGCACUCCAUGAAGGCCUCCCUGCAAACGGUGGACCUCCGGCUGGGCCAGCUGGAGGAGUUCUCCAGCCGCAUGAUGAACGCCCUGGAGAAGCUGGCGGGCAUCGACCGGGCGGAGCUGACACGCACCCGAUCCAGAGGCUCCUCCAUCUGCGACCCCUCCACCCUGCUGCGUCAGGGCAGCAUCGGCAGCGCCGACGGCUACAGCGUCUAUCGCUUCCCCAUGGAGACGGAGUCGACCGCCGACACGGCUAAAGACCGGACGGCCCAGCUCGGCCCUGAGAGGAAGGGGAGUUUCAAGGAGGUUCCUCCGGCGUCGGUAGACGGAGGCGUCGGCGCUAAAGAGUACGGCACUACACUGGAGGUGAUGCCCUUAAGGGAUAGAAGGUGCUCUGUUUCAAACGUUGACAUCACGAUUACCUCUUGUGACCCGGAGCAGAAGCCUGAGAUGUCCUUAGCGAGUGCUGCUGAUGAGCUGCUGCCAAAGGGAAUCCCCAGCAAGGAGGCGUUGACCAAUUCAACGGAUAAACCUGGAGUUGCUUUUGCAAAGGCAAAAGUGGAUGCAACCCUUUCUUACCCCCUAGUGAAGUCAAAAGAGACGCAUUAUUUGCCACCGCAAACUCUCAGCAGCUCACCAUCUUCCAGCCGGAAGACAAUGAGUGGGAUCGUGUACAACCCCAUGGACAGAGGAGAAGAGAAUAACUGGGCUAAUUACUUUCCAUCGGCUCCCGAUGUGCCAGGUUUGGACACUACAUCACCAAGCAUGGCUCAAUGGGGAGCCCACUUCGAGUACAAAGGUCAGCCCUCCUUUGGUUUCAUGCCCACGGUUUCAUUGGCAUGUCCUCCUGACGGUGAAUCCAACUCAGAGACCCAGCAGGAAAAUGACGGAAGUACAUCAAAGCAAACCGCUGGGGAACAAGAAGCCAUGGCGCAAGAGAACAAUCAGAAUAGUCGGGCAGGGAUGGAGGAUGAUGAUUCAGGGCAUUUGCUCGUGGCUCAUGAUAGGAUGUAUCCAACGCUCAGGUCCAAGAGCCUGAAUAGCAAUCCUUGCAAAACUAAGAGUAAGAGUGGCCAGGAAAAGCCCCUUGCAGCGAGCAGUGUCAAAGACCUGGUGGGUGCUUUUGGAAGCCAAGAGCCACCCACAUCAACCCAUGGCAAAUGAUAGCCAUUGAUGGUGGGACUAGCAACUACCAAGGAAACCUUUACUUAAUUUACUUCAUAUUUUUUUACUUGAUUCUACUUAAGCCUUUAUAAUAUACAUAUAUCUUACAUUUUAGGUCUUCUAACUAAUUAUUUUUCUUACAAUUGUUUCAUUUCAGUCAGUUACUCAGGACCAGUGGACCUGGAAGGAAGUGUUUCCAGGGAAACAUUGGCUCCUGUAAAAAUCCUAUUUAUCCUACAAAUUUUAUAAGGACUCAUUUUGACCCAAAUCCAGAUGUUAUUUUGGUAUGUUUUUGUGGGUUGGAGACUGUUCUCGGGUUAGGGUUUUAAAGUGGCCAUCUCGAAGAUCUUCUUUUCUUUCUCGUCAAUGGCGGAAAUAAAGCAGUUGCCCCUGCCAACCCAAGGGAGUGGAGGGGUGAGUCUGUUGCAGUAAGUCCCAAUCCCAUUUCUACCCCUUACCCCUUCCCCUUACCCCUUUCCCUUACCCCUUCAAAACAAGGGGGAGGGGUAAGGGGAAGGGGUAAGGGGUAGAAAUGGGAUUUGGCCUAACUCUGCCAUACCCUCUCAGGUGGAUCAACCAUUGCUGGGUGAUAGAAAACUUGUCACUGGAUAACUGUGCCAUUUGAGAUUUGAAUGCAUGCCGGGAAAGUCCCCACCCACACCCAGUUAGUAACUUUAAUAAUCUUACAAAUGCAAGGGCUUUAAUCAGUGGGCCAUAUGCUCAAUCCCUUUCAUGUUAUCUCAUUUGGCUAUGUGACUUCACUGACAUUUGUCACAAUGGAAAUCAUCAUCCUCGAGAUUGCGACUUUGUCGUUGUGGCUAUGGGCUAUGUGUUAGAAAUGCAAUGUUUCAUGUCAGGUACGAUUGCUUUCAGUCAGAUGCUAAAUCUCGUACUCCUGAUUACACAGUGUCACAAUGGUCACUCCAGCUUAUCUCUGAAUAUCACAUUAUGGUGUGAAAUGGGAGGUGGUCUUCAACUGAUAUGUGGUGUUUUAUAAUUCAGAUACAUAAAGAUGUUUUUGAGAUUGUGUGUGCGAUUUUUUGGUACGUACAGUAUAUCCAACCUGUAAUACACCUUCUAUUUAUACGCCCUUUGCUAACAGUCCCCCCCAUAGUGCACGGCCAAAAGACAGGAGCAUCUUUCCUUUGCUUGUAUGAAUGUACACAUCAACAUCCUGAAGUCUAAAAUAUGUAGAUGUUUUUUGAGUUUCUCAAAUGUAUAUUUGAAAGGGAAUUGCAACUACCACUGUGUUGACUUAUAAUGUCCUUAAAUAACAUACUGCCACUGUUUAAAUCACUAAGCAAUGCCAUGUUUUAUAAAAAUCCACUAGGUGGAGGCUUCAGCCCAGGAAUUACACUCAAGAGGCAUUAGGCAUUAGUUUGACCAGUACAUUCAAACUAGCAAUACCUACAGGUCUUGUAAAAUGUACAAACAAGCAUAGUGUAUUGUAUCUUUAGCAUGAAGUACGAUACAUCCAUAAAUGCUGAAUAAAAUAGAUUGCAGGCAAAUUUCCCUUCAUAGAUGAUGUGAAUAAAGUCCUCUGAUUAAAGAGGAAUAUGAUUAUAAAUCCCUGUGCUGAACUUACCCACCAUGUAUUUCAAUUGUCUUUUUACUCCUUCUCCUGUUCAAUAUAACCUUUGACGUUGAUAUUGUCAGCCUAUUAAAUGCAUAAGGUUACAUGGAAUACAAACAAAUAAGUAACUUAUGAACUACUUAAUGCAAUGCUGCUAUCAAGGUAAAUUCCACUUAGUUACAUUACACUUCAGAGAGAGACAAAGAUUAAGAAAAAUAAAAAGUGAGAGAUAGAUUGCAUGGGAUUGACAUGGCCAUAAACAAACAUACUCACUCAUUUACUCAGUCACUCACACGCGUACGCAUCCACGCACGCACACACCCUCAGUAAUUCCGUAAUCCCUUAACCCUCACACAUAUUUCUUUCAUAAAUGACCCAUAAAUGACCCAAACUGAUACGACAUUCAGUUCUGGAGAUACAGAAUUUGAUAGGGGUGUCCAACAGAGCGUUUAUCCAUGUACCCUAACCCUAAGCCAUGUUCCACUCAGAACUUUUCUAGUCCCGCUGGAGGGCGCAAACCCAGCUAUCAUUAUCUGAUUGGAAGGCCCCACCAGUCUGACUGUAGGUCUAUCCAAUCCUAAUCUUUGGAAAGGGAGUCUAGACAACUUUAUCAACGAAGGACGCUCAGGGUGCCAAAACAUAUCCAACGAUAACAUCUCGGUGGGAUCUGGUGAAUUACAGGAAUAGACCUGGCCCGCUUCGGCCAAGCCCUUAAACCAACCGUCUACUCAGAUUCCUUGUGGGUGGGGUCAAGGGAUGGACUUCACACCACCGCAUCCCAAUUUGUUUUGGGAAGGCUGGCAGUUUCAAACCCCAAUUUGUUAGCAUUUAUCUUGGCCCAGGUGGGUCCAUGCCUGAUUGGAGGCAUCUUUUCCUUGACUUAACCCUUUACCUUCCUUUAACUUCAGCCUAUAGUCCAGCCACCCCAGGAUCCAGAUAACGCUUCAAAGGACUGGAGGAUGGACAGCAUUCCCCUAUCCCCAUUCAGUAGGGGUUGGGCUGCGACCUAUAUUUCCCGGCCCCUCAGAGGAGAAGCAGGCCACGGUCGAUUAGUAAAAAAGAAUUACGCCCUAUGUCCUUUCCCUAACCUCUUUGCUUGAACCCGUUGAAAAACAAUGAGGUCAAGGAAAGAUUUCGAAGGAGAAUUCAUGAGGACUUGCUAAGAGGAUCAGACUGCACAUAUAGGCUACGUAAUGAAUCAAUCCAUUUAUGUGAGAUAUAUUUCCCCUCCAACUGUUUGGAGGAUCCAGUAUAUAUUCUUAUUAUAAAACAAAAAAUAUCAGAAAAUGUUGAAGCCCUGUUCUGCCAGCCAUGUUGUGCAAUACAAUUCCUACUAGCAAUUUUCCUUUAAGCCAUGUUCUUCAUGCCAUGUUCUGCUAGCCAUGUUCUAUUAGCCAUGUUCUGCUAGCCAUAUUCUAGGGGGGGAAGGGUAUUUCCUGAUGAACUACUGAAAACUGAGAACGAUUACAGAUUACGAUUUAGGACAGACAUGUUUUCAACCACUCUUUUAUGACAUCAUAGCUUAAUACAUCUAGCUUUCUGUAUCCUAUGAAGUCGAGCCCUUACCAGAACAGCAGUUAACCCAUAUCCGUUUAUUUGAUCCAGGCAACAGCCUUAAGGAACACACAGGGGUAUGACAUUACAACCCUGACCUUAACCCUCAACCGUAAUCUUUAUUCUCUACUAGACAGUCUUUGCGGCCUUAUGUGGCCCAUGAACAAAUGAUCCAGUACAAAGGAAGUUUGACAAAAUGUUGGAACAAUGUCCUGGCACCCGAUCAUCAUCAAGCAUCCGAUUGCCUCAGAAGGAGCGGGGUCUUAAGUGUACAGAGUUAGUGUUAACCCUUACCCUUCCUGCUUUGCUGGCCUUGUCAUCAUAGUUGUCAUCCGACAGCAGCUCUAUGCUACUCAAACUUUCUCUUAAUGACCUCAACCAACCCAUAUGCACGCAGCAGUCUGUGGAUAACAAGGAAAACAAAGGUAGGGACAAACAGGAGAUCAGGUGACUAUAUGAGAUUGUAAACAAGCUUAGUCUUAGAAUCAUGUAAGAGUUCAGCAGUCCAAUUAAACCUAAAGAAGAAAACAAUCUAAUGCUAUGCCUAUGAUAGAUAAUGCUCGGAUCUGACAUGACUAUUUAUGGUCAAGCCAACCUCAAUGUAAAUGCAUGCUCAAUGUCUAGCAGUGAUAACAAGUACAUUUAGUUACUAAGCCUAGCUUGUUAUUUAUCUUACUUGUCAGUAACUAAAAGACCUGGUUGUAUGGUUAGAUAUCCCCCUAACCCUUGUUACUCCAUGUGGAGUUGUGUGUUGUGUGUAGCAGUGUGUUAGGCCUGUGCGUAUCAGAGUGUGUUGGUGAGGUUUGUAAUAUGGAUUCAUAGUUUUUUCCUUACAGAAGCACACUAUCCCGGGAAUCUUGGGACCUUCUGCUUGUAUUUAAGGGUGUUGGCACACCUUGGAAACACCCUAAAAUGUACCAAACACCAUGGUCCGUUAGUUUAAUCCCUGAUUGAUUUGACAGAUAGCAGCCUACGUUUUGUUUGAGGUGGUGUGAACGCUCAUUAGAUUCUGUUGCGGACCAAAUAAUCAAACUUUGGUCUUCUUGAAAGCGGGGAUCCUGGUCUGCCUCUCGCUUUAGGUGGGAACAUGAGCCGGCCGAAGUUAAGGAAUCAAACAUAAACACUGUGCAUUGUGGGUUAAAUGUCCACUUUUGUGAAGA